UGCAACGGGCAAAUCAGACCCGAUCGCAGCAAUUCGGGUUGGUGGCACCUACUGGUCAGAGACGGAGCCUGUCAGUCAGUCUUCUUCGCGUCGACGCACAGCCAAUAUGCAGAAUUAAAGCAAUAAUCGGUAAAUAUAGGAAAGCUCUCACUGUCUCAAUUUUCAACAAAUGAAACUCGAAGAAAAUCUCGCAUCGUAACAGUUUUUCCCAAAUUGUAAAAGUCUAAUGUCUUUUGUUUCCGCCUCUUCCUCUUCGGCCUCCGUGGAUGGUCUCACUGAGCAUAAUCCGAAGCCUGUUGGCGAUCAAUUGGCUUCUAUGGUAUUGGCCGCGAGUGAUACCGUCAGCGACCAUGGGGAGGACGAGGCCGAUAGUGGAUUAUCAGGGAAUCAAGAGGUGGCUAAUGGAUUGGUGAACAGAGACGUCAACGGCGAGAGGAUGGAGAAUUCGAGAGAUCAGGUAGUUGAGAGUAGCAGCGGAGGAGGAGGUGUGCUGUGGAGAAGGACGAAUUCGGAGUUGGAAGUGGAGGAGGAGGGUCCGUCUAGCCCCAGCAGCAGCGGUUAUGCCGGAGAAAGAGGGAGUAGCAGCGCUACCAGUGCCUCCAGGAUUGACGAGGCCAGUGAGGAUGAGAUACAGGAAGUAGCGACCGCUGAGGAUUCGCAGCAGGUACCUGCUUGGAUGCCGGGAAAACGCCAUAUCGAUGAGGAUGAUGCUUCUAUAUCAUGGAGAAAAAGGAAGAAGCAUUUCUUUAUUCUGAGUCACUCUGGCAAGCCAAUAUACUCUAGAUAUGGAGACGAGCACAAGCUAGCGGGAUUUUCAGCAACUCUGCAGGCCAUUAUUUCCUUUGUGGAGAAUGGGGGAGACAGGGUGAAAUUGGUUAGGGCAGGAAAGCACCAGGUAGUCUUUCUUGUGAAAGGACCAAUUUACUUAGUUUGCAUCAGCUGCACAGAGGAGCCUUAUGAUUCAUUAAGGGGGCAAUUGGAGCUUAUAUAUGGUCAGAUGAUACUUAUUCUAACAAAGUCCAUAAAUAGAUGUUUUGAGAAGAAUCCGAAGUUUGACAUGACGUCUUUGCUUGGAGGAACAGAUGUUGUAUUCUCUUCUCUCAUCCAUUCAUUUAGUUGGAAUCCUGCCACAUUUCUUCAUGCAUACACUUGCCUUCCUCUUGGCUAUGCUACAAGGCAGGCUGCGGGUGCUAUAUUGCAAGAUGUUGCUGAUUCAGGUGUCUUAUUUGCAAUAUUAAUGUGCAAACACAAGGUGGUCAGUCUUGUAGGUGCACAAAAAGCAUCCCUUCAUCCUGAUGAUAUGCUGUUACUUGCCAACUUUGUUAUGUCAUCGGAAUCAUUUAGGACAUCUGAAUCUUUCUCACCAAUAUGCUUGCCGAGAUACAAUCCCAUGGCCUUUCUGUAUGCAUACGUCCACUAUUUUGAUGGGGAUACGUACUUGAUGUUGCUCACUACCAGUUCGGAAGCCUUUUAUCAUCUCAAAGAUUGCAGGAUUCGUGUUGAAACGGUACUUUUGAAGUCAAAUGUUCUGAGCGAAGUGCAAAGAUCAAUGAUAGAGGGUGGCAUGCGUGUUGAAGAUUUGCCAACUGAUCCACUGUCUCGUUCUGGAUAUCCAUCUCCUCACCUAGGCCAGCCCAGGCUUCCAACAGAUUCUCCUGAACCAUUUGUUGGUGUUGGUGGUCCUGCUGGACUUUGGCACUUCAUAUACCGCAGUAUAUAUCUGGAUCAAUAUGUAUCUUCAGAAUUUUCACCACCAAUUAACAGUCACCAACAGCAAAAAAGAUUAUAUAGGGCUUACCAGAAACUGUAUACUUCUAUGCAUGAUAAAGGAAUUGGGCCCCACAAAACUCAAUUUAGAAGGGAUGAAAACUAUGUUCUACUCUGCUGGGUGACACCAGAUUUUGAACUCUAUGCAGCAUUUGAUCCACUAGCUGACAAGGCUUUGGCUAUAAAGACGUGCAAUCGUGUCUGUCAGUGGGUAAGAGACGUGGAGAAUGAGAUUUUUUUGCAAGGAGCAAGCCCCUUUUCAUGGUGAUGUGCCAAAUCAUUGUACAACAACAGCUUGUAUUCUAUCUUUUCUCAUUAUUGAAAUCCCACACGACUGCUUUGUGGACUCACAUUUUUCUCUCUCACAAAUACCAAUAGUUUUUUAUUUGUUAAUUUGUAUAACUAACUGUCUAAAGACAUGCUCCAUCUUGCCUCUCAUCAUAAGCUUGUCCUAGAGCAAUUCUGAAUUAUUUAGAGAUUCAGUAUUUGAUUGUAAUAACCAGAACCCUGAGCCAUUGGACAGGCUAAAUUUUGCCACCAAAUCCCUUGGAAAAUUCUUGUCAAA